AUGGGAAAUUAAACUUUUUGUAGUGAUGACAGAAAUUAAUUAUAAAUAAAGAAUAAGAAUCAAAACAAAUAAAAGAAAGUGAAUUUAGUUCAAUAAUUUGCAAAAUUAACUAAUGAAUAAUCAGAUAAAUAAUCAUUAAUUGAAAUACAUUCUAAUGAAUAAAUUUCAACUGAUUCACUAAAUAAUUGGCUUGAAUGUUUACAUGAAUCUGUAUUAAUAAGUUAGCUUGAUCUUAAUUGUAAUGUAUCCACAAAGUUUUUCUCUGAGAUUGAUGAUGAUGAAGUAAUAGACGAUCCUAAGACUUCAAUCAUUGAUUAAUAAAAUUUGUAUGAAUAUCGAAAAAACUAUCCUUAUUGUGAUUCAAUUUUAGAUAUGAUUAUAAUCAACUUUUAUGUAUUAAAAAAAAAAGAAUUUCGGUAUUAUUUUAUUAAAUUAUUUAGAUAAAAACUUAUUGAAGGACCUCCAAAGUAAAGAAUCAGAUGGUCUUGUUGGUAAUUAAUGGCUUAUAUACCAAAAAGUUCUAUUGAAUCUGAUCAUCUAUCUUUUUUAGAUGAAGACUUAAAAUAAUCAUAUGCAAUUAAAAAAGAUACACAUAGAACUGUUUCAGCUAAAAAUAUUACAUACUUUGAAACUGGUGAAGGAAAGAAAGAUCUUGAAAAAUUAUUAAUUAAACUAACCAAAUUAUUCCCAAAACUUGGAUAUUGUUAAGGAAUGAAUUUUCUUGCUGGUUUCACUUUAAUUAUCAAUAAUAAAAAUGUUACUCAAAGCCUAUAAUUCUUGGCAUAAAUAAUGACUAAUCCUAAAUUUUUAAUUUAUUAUCUUUAUUCAGAUGAAAUGCCAUUAUUAAAAUUACUUGAGUAUAUUUGUUAAUAAGAAAUCAAAUUUAAGAUACCUGAUCUUUAUAAUCAUAUUUAUAAUAAAUUAGAAGUUUCAAACGCAUUUUGGUUGACUAAAAUCAUAAUGACAUUAUUUUUAUAUAAUUUUCAUAUCAAUAAUGUUUGCAGAUUUUGGGAUUUUAUAUUAGCAACUAAUAUAUUUUAAAUAUCAGCAAUUAUAUGCUCAUUUCUCGAAAUAAACAAAAAUCAUAUAUUUAAAAUGGAUGAACUGAAUACAUUUAUUAUUUGGUUUGAUACCUUAUAAAAUUAAGAAAUUUCUUAGAGCUAAAUUUAAAUUUUAAUUUUUAAGUCCUUCGAUUAUAUCAUUAAAAAAGAAAAAAUAAAUUCUUAUGCUAAUUUAUUCUGCACAGGUCAUCAAAAUAGUCAUCUUCUUUUAUAAGAAAUUGCAAAUGAAUAUGAGGAAUGGACUAGAUUAAAAAAAUUUAUAAAAAAAGAUGUUUUUGAUGAUUGA